AUGGUUGAGCACGAUACAGCAAUAGCUGAAAAUAGCACUCAGAUUAAAAAUGAAAAAGACGGUCAAUUAGACAUCCAACAUGUAGAAUCCAGCAAUCUUGACUAUGAUGCUCAACGUUUACAUGAUUUGGGCUACAAGCAAGAGUUCAAACGUGAGAUUAGUCUGCUUGUUCAGACGGGCUUCAGUAUGGCCACUAUGGGUGUGCUACCCAACUGGAUGGUUGGUUUCGGUGGCAGUAUGGUAGCAGGAGGUCCAUCAUCAUUGUUUUGGGGCUGGAUUGUUGUGGUGCCAUUUGUAUUAUGUAUAGCAUUCUCAAUGGCUGAGGUCAUUUCUGCCUAUCCGCUGGCCGGAGGCGUGUAUUCUUGGUCAUUUUUAUUAAGCAACAAGAAAUGGAGUCCAUUCAUGGCAUGGAUCACUGGGUACGUCUAUUGUAUUGGCCUUGUUACAGCAAAUAUUACUCUUGCUUGGUCGAGUGUUGACUUCAUAUAUGGAAUUGCAAACGUUCUAAAUGUCGCCCAAAUUACCUCUAAAGGAGCCUAUGUUGGGCUAUAUUGUGGCAUUUUUGUUUUCGCUACAUGUUGUAACUGGUUUGGCAUGAAGUUUAGUUCCAUCAUGAACAAAUUCAUCGUCUUUUGGACCCUUAUCGGAACACUGAUUAUUGUUUGCUGUGUGCCCGCAAUGGCACCCACUCAUCGCAGCGCAAAAUGGGUCUUUCUUGAAUUCCUGAAUAAAACUGGCUAUGACAACAAGGGAAUGGCAUUUCUGCUCGGAUUGCUUCAAAGUGGCUGGACAUUAGAUAAGUAUUCACGCAAUUUACAUGGCGGAACCAAGAGAGCAGAUGUUACAGCUCCUCGUGGCAUUAUCAUUUGUAUUCUCAGUGCAGUUGUUCAAGGCUUUGCUCUCAUUCUCAUCACACUAUUCUCUAUCCAAGAUGUUGAGGCCAUUAUUGAGUCUAGCAUGCCUAUUGCAACUUUCUUCACUCAAACUACAAAUGACAAACUCUGCGUAUUCUUCUUGGUCAUUAUGCUUGUCGCUCAAUUAUCUUCUCUUUGCAAUUCAAUGCUGGCAACAGUUCAUAUCUUUUGGGCUCUCAGCAGAGAUGGCUGUUUUCCCUACUCUAAGGUUUGGUAUAAGCUGAAUCCCAAGACAAACGUCCCCACCAACGCGUUGAUCUUGCAAUUAGCCAUUUCAAUUAUUCUCAUUAUGCCCAGUUUUGGAUCCGAAGUCUACUGGCAAGCUAUCAUGAGUGCUGCUGUUAUUUCCAUCAAUGUCUCUUACGGUCUGCCGCUAUUGUGUCGCCUCAUUUGGGUGCGUCGUGACAUGCCCAAGGGCCCUUUCAGCUUGGGCAAACUAAGCAUCCCACUCAACAUUAUCAGUUGCAUCUGGGUAGGUUUCUUUGGUGUCAUCCUUUGUAUUCCAUCCGUCUCUCCUGUUACUCCUGAAACUAUGAACUGGGCAUCUGUCAUGAUUUGUGGAAUCAUGGGAUUCUCAGUCAUUUUCUGGUUUGUUUCUGGUCGUAAAUCAUACAAAGGACCCAUUGAAACUGCUGAUGAAUGA